UUUUAAGAAAAAAGAACCUUUCCGUUAAAUUUUUAUUGUCUCCUUCAUUUUAUCGAGCUUCUGCAUCUGCGAAACUCAGUAACAAAAUAAAAACUCCAACAAAACAAAACCCUAUUUUCAAAUUUCGAUGAUGAGAGGUUCCAAGCGUUUCGCCGUAUCGGAACCAAGCCAGGCCAAUACCAACGAAACGACGUUUCGUGAUAAAAGAAUAAUGGAAGGAUCUCUCUUUGAUGUCCACAGGGCCGAACCAUCCCAACAAUUGAUGGUGGCAACACCCCCAUUGGAUAUGAAGCGGGCAGAGUCUUCCCAGCAGCACGUGAGAGCUUUAAAUGCCCAGUUUGCGAGCUGGGUUCAAACACAGUUAAAGAAUCACCCUGAUGAGCUUUGGGAAGAUGGUGUCAGAGAUUACUUAGAUCAUGCUACAGGCAUUAUGGAAAAAUUUAGUGAUGUUGUCAACUGGCUUAAAACAAAUGCCACCCACAACAACCAACAACAACAACAACAACAACCAAGCCUUAUCCCACCAAGUGGGUUUGGCCUCAAAGCAAAUACCACCCACAACAACCAACAACAACAACCAAGCCUUAUCCCACCAAGUGGGUUUGGCUUUGGCCUCAAAGCAAAUGCAACCAAGGCAGAUAAUUCUACUUCCGGUGCUGGUUCCGGUGCUUCUUUAGCUGGGAAAAAGUUUUUGCCUGAAGUAACAAACAAAGAAAAUAAGACUUUUGGAGAAAAAAUUGAAUCUCCUCCUGUCAAUACUACUACUACUACAAGUUUUGGUAGUUCAUGGAGCCCUGGGAUAUUUUCAAACAAUCAAAACAUUUUUGCAUUCGGAAAUCAAAGUUCCGCCCCUUCCAACUCCAAUCAUAACGCUUCAGAUGAUGCUGAUGCUGAAAAUGAUGAAGAGCAGCCCAGUAGCCCAUCAGUGAAGAAGUCAGAAGAGAAAGGUGUUGCAGUUGUACAUGAAGUGAAGUGCAAGCUUUAUGUGAAGUCAAGUGAUCCAACUGAUAAAGAUGUAUGGAAAGAUAAAGGAAUGGGCCAUCUGUCCAUUAAAUGCAAAGAAGGGGUCGCUAAGGCUACAAAAGAGUCCAGACCUACAAUCAUUGUUCGAAAUGAGGUAGGAAAAAUUCUUCUCAAUGCCUUGUUGUAUCCUGGAAUCAAGACAAGUGCACAAAAGAACUCUCUUGUUGCGAUAUUUCAUACUUCGGGUAAUGAUGAUGGUGGAGAUAAUGGUAGUGUUGUUGCACGAACAUUUUUGAUCCGGAUGAAAACAGAAGAUGAUCGAAAUAAAUUGGCUUCAAUUAUUCAAGAAUAUGCUCCAGUAUCUUGAGAGUUAUGAUUGUUGUGCCCUCCCAGGGCCAUCAAAAGAUGCACAAUACUGUAUCAUCUUCAUUUUUUUUCCUUUCACAAAAGUUGAAUUUUCUCUAAAAAGUGUCAUUUAUUGUGAUUCUAUGUUGGAACCUCUUUAGAGGCUGUUGCUUAUGUAUCAUCUAGAAUCACGUAGAUCAAUGUCAUUGUUGUUUAGGUGUGAAUGUGAUACAUACAUUUCCUUGGACCCUAAGUUCUACUUUUUAUCCAUAUUAUAAUCAAGGGAAAUUUUGACUGAA